GCAUCUGUCACGAACGCUUUUUAGUUUUUUGGAUAUAAAAAACGGAAAAGCGUUUUUUAAAAGGUUUAUUGGUCUCAAUAAACCCUUUUUGAUAGUUUAUUAAUCUACGACUAUUUUUUACAGUGUACUUGACGGAAAUUUAUUUCAAUUGCUAGUGGCUUUAAUACAUAAACUUCCAAGUCCACCGAAGUUUCUAGCACUAAAAACUGAUGUUAAGACAAAAAAGUCAUACUUAAUUGCUAUUCAAGACAAUCCUAUAUUUAAGUAUAACCAGCAUAUAUCAUCUCUUGAAUAUACAGACGGUGGUGAUAUACGAGUACAGGUUCUUCUAACGUGUCGAGAAGAAGGUGGUGACACAUUCAGUGGUCAACAACCGGACCACACUCAUUAUAUAAUUUCCAUUCAAUCUCGUUGUGCUUGUCCUGGUCUAUGUCAAUAUACUGUUAAAAAAGGGUUGACAGCUGGUGCCGUUUUAGUUAUUAUAUUAAUAUGUUUAGUAACUACCUAUUUGGUUGGCGGAAUGUUGUUUAUGAAAUUUAAGAGGGGAGCAUCAGGCUUUGAAAUGUUGCCUAAUAGAACAUUUUGGAUUAAGACUACAUUAAAUGCUGUUGGAGGUGUUCGAUACAGUUUCAAUGCUAUUCAAGGAAAACGAACAGAAACCAGAUAUGAACCUGUAAAAUAA